AUGAGUUUUGGUGUUUUGUUAUUUGUUGCACAUAUUUUCUGUUUCUGUGUGUGUGAUUUGAGUCAGGGAUUUUUCAAGAUUAAAAUGGAUAGGAGGGAGUUUUUGAGUGAGCAUUUCUUACGAGAGAAGAGACAAAGAACAAUCAAAUUACAAGAUUCCCUUUCUUCCCACCACAUGCAGUACUCCCCUGCAGUGGCCAAUCCAGAAAAAAUGAUGGAGCAUGUUGAUGCCUUUGUUUAUUAUAAUAACAUCAUAUACAGGCAUUUAAUUUGGUUUUUCAUAUAUAUACAAUUGAAGUCUUCAGCAGAAGAAAUGCAUGCCAUUAUUAAGGGUCUUGAAAAGGUCAGACAAGAACUAGAUGCUUCAGCAAACGAUGGCCCUGUCUAUGAAGUUUUUCAUAAAACACCGAAUCAGUUUAUCAGUAUUGUUGAGUUGGAAGUGGGGUCCGUAACAAAUUUGGUAGAAAUGUUGAUGCAUUGGCAUUAUAUUUUGGUUAAGAUCCUGCUCGUUGCCCUUUUGAACAAGCAACCUAUCUUUCCUCUUCAAUUUCUAAAUUUAAUUGAUCAAGGUGGGUUUGAGAAUGGGGAAUCAGAGGGGUUGGGGCUUCAUAUCAUUUCGGUUACUAUUUUCUUGGUUGCCACUAUAUCUACUUGUUUGGGUGUUCAAACUACCAGUGAAGGUUGCUUUGAGCAUGAGCGUCUUGCUCUUCUGAAGUUCAAACACAGUGUCAAAGAUGACCUUGAACUGUUAUCAUCAUGGGUUGUCAAUGAUUGUUGCCGGUGGGAAAGAAUCCACUGUGACAGCGUCACUGGACAUGUUGAUAGCCUUUUUCUUAGAGGGAUGUCAUCUUCUUUUCCUCCCAACCAGUACUACUUAGAUCCUGAACGCGACUUCUUAGACGUUAAUGAGCUAAAAUAUUCUUUGGCAGAUUUGAGGCAUUUGAAAUACUUGGACCUGAGUGGGAAUUAUUUUGGAGGAAGCCGGAUCCCGGAGUUCAUUGGAUCCUUCAAACAGUUGGUCUACCUCAAUCUUUCGCAUGUUGGUUUUGAAGGUAUUAUUCCUCAUCACUUUGGAAAUCUUUCUAAUCUAAAGGUUCUCGAUCUCAGUUCAAAUUAUGGGCUGGUGGUAGAUGAUAUGGCAUGGACUUAUGGCCUUUCUUCACUCGAGCAUCUCGACUUGAGUUCAUUGUAUCUUAGUGGAGCACACAACUUGCACAUGGUGUUUUUCAUGAUUCCUUCAUUAAAAGAGUUAAGUUUGUCAUAUUGUGGACUUUCCAAUGUUGAUCUCGAUCCUCUUCUGAAUUCGAGUAGAAUGAUUCCCAACAUCAAACACUUGGAUCUUGGCUUUAAUAACUUUGAAGGUCCACUCCCUGCCUUUUUCAAAAAUAUGACAUCCCUAGCAUUCUUGGAUCUUUCAAACUUUAAUCUUAGUUUGGCAUGGAACUUUGCAAACUUGCUGAACAUGAUCCCUUCUUUAUCAAAGCUGUAUUUGUCAAGUUGUGGGCUCGAUAAGACAUUUCUCUCUCCUCUUCAUCUUAAUUUCAGUACACUUUCUAAUAUUCAACAUCUGGAUCUUAGCAAAAAUUCAAUUGAAGGCACAUUUCCAUCUGUUUUAACAAACAUGAGUUGCGUAAGUGUCCUUGACCAUUCAGGAGACAAAUUGAAUUCAUCGGUUCCUUCUAUGCCUAAUCUUCUAGAGCUUGAACUUUCUUCUAACAAGUUUAAGAAGAUUGAGCAGAUAGGAAUUUGGAGACUGUGUCGCCUGAAAAAAUUGAGUGCAUCAUUCAAUAAUUUUGACAAAGAAAUGAGUCACACCCCCACAAACACUUCAGAAUGCUCUCAAUAUGCUUUGAAGGAGUUGCAUUUAAGUUUUGGUUUAAAUGGCACAAUCCCGGAUUCAUUUCGAAGGCUAGUGAAUUUAAGAAACUUACAUCGAUCAAGCAAUGGAUUGACUGGGCCAAUGCCUGAUUUGCUAAGAAAGUUAAGAUUUUUAGAAGUAUUAGAUAUAUCCAAUAACAAGUUAACCGGUCCAAUUUCGGCAUUCCAUGGGAAACUUUCCAAACUUGACCUUUCUUUUAAUCAGUUGAAUGAUUCAAUUCCAGACUCCCUUGGAAAACUAGCAUCCUUAACAGAUUUGUAUAUAAGAAACAAUCGAUUAACAGGGCCCAUCCCAGCAUCUCUGGGGAGACUUAUUUCAUUACAAUCACUUUCGAUGAGUAGGAAUUUUCUAAAUGGGACUAUUCCAGUUUCAAUGGGGAAACUUGCCAAAUUUCAUUCUCUAGAUGUCUGUGGAAAUGUUCUAGAAGGAGUCGUUUUUGAAGCCCAUUUUGCCAACCUUUCAAAGUUGAAAUACUUGGAUACUUCUUCUAAUACUAAGUUGACAUUAAAUAUAUCACCAGAGUGGAUACCUCCAUUCAAAUUGAUAGGUAUUCACCUUAGUUCUUGCAAUAUUGCAAAUGGAUUUCCACAGUGGCUUCGAAAUCAAAGAAAACUCAAGAUAUUAGUGUUGUCCAAUUCUUCAAUUUCAGGACCUCUACCCACAUGGGUGCAGAAGAUGCCAAUCAUUCCCCUCUUAGAUCUCUCCCACAAUAAACUCAACGGACCUUUGACAAACCUUCCUAAUGGGGGAAAUCAUGAUUUGACCGGGGAUGUAGUUACUGCGGUAUUACAUCUGCAAAAUAACUUUUUUAAUGGUUCGAUUCCAAGGUCGUUGUGCAGAAGGAAAGAUUUAAACUAUCUUGAUCUUUCUAGAAAUAUGCUAACUGGGAAAAUUACGGAAUGUCUUGAGAAUAUGCAAGGACUGCGUACCAUGAAAUUUAGCUCAAAUCGGUUGUCUGGUGUCAUUCCAAGCUCCAUAGGUCUUAAUUCAAGGUUAAAUUGGUUAGAUCUAAAUGACAAUAACUUUACUGGUGAGCUUCCAUGCGAAUUGGGGAAUUUAACCAAGUUAAAUGUCUUGGAUCUGGGUGAUAAUAAUUUUUCUGGAAAUAUUCCCGACUGGAUUGGAGAAAACCUCGCAUCUUUAAUGGUUUUAAGGUUAGACAAAAAUAAUUUCUCCGGAGGAAUUCCUCGAUCAUUGUGCAAAACUGCAAGUCUACAGAUUUUGGAUGUUUCCGGUAACAACUUAACCGGAACGAUUCCUCGUUGUCUUGGGCAGUUGAAUGCCAUGAUUAACAGUAGUGGAGUAGCUUUGCACCGGCAAGAGAUAAAAGUUGAUGAGAAUGUGAAUCAUAUUUUGAAAGGUUCUGAUCAUGAAUAUACACAUACUUGGGAUAUAGUUUUUAACAUGGACCUCUCAAACAAUAAACUUGUCGGAGAAAUACCUGCAGAGCUAACUGCGCUAAAUAUGUUGGUGGGACUCAAUUUGUCUUGUAAUCAUCUCAGUGGGAGUAUUCCAAACAGCAUUGGAAACAUGUCAAAGUUAGAAUCUCUCGAUUUCUCAAAUAACAAGUUAAUUGGGAUGAUACCUCCAAGCAUGGCAGCUUUGAAUUUUUUGAGGCAUUUGAAUUUGUCACACAACAACUUGCCGGGAUCCAUUCGCACAGGAAAUCAGUUGCAGACCUUUACAGAUUCAUCAAUAUAUGCUGGGAACGAAGACCUAUGUGGAGCUCCAUUGCCAAAGAAUUGCUCCAAUCAUGAAGAUUCAACGACAACAAUCAAGAAGAGACAUGAAGAAAGUGAUGGGCAGACGAAGGUGUGGUUUUACGUGGAUGUAAUGAGUGGUUUUGCAACAGGGUUUUGGGGUGUUAUUGGAGUUUUGUUGCUCAAGAAGCAAUGGAGAUGGAAGCUUUUCAGGCUUGCUGAUGAAACCAUGGAUAAGAUAUACAUAGUAGUUAUGGUCAGAGUUGCCAAGAUGAAGAAAGGAAGAGAAACCAUACAGAUCCUCUGGAAUGCAAGUAGCUUUUGA